AUGUGGAAAAAUGAUAUAGCUAUAUUGAGGUUAAAGGAUCCUAUAUUAUUUAGUCAGUAUAAUUGCAUGAGACCAAUCUGUGUUCCUAAAUUCGGUGAAACGUUCAGAAAUGUGGAGUGUACUGUAACAGGAUGGGGUGUUACAGAACCAUAUUUUGACAUUUUUAAUCCACCAUUAUCAGAUGUAUUAUUAAAGGUACAGAUACCUAUAGUAGAUGACAGUAUCUGUAUAGGUAUUUAUGAUCAAGCGUAUUAUAGAAACACAAAUAUAUGUGCUGGUGAUUUAAGAGGGGGCAAAGAUUCAUGUGGGGGUGAUUCCGGUGGACCAUUGAUCUGUCGGAGAGACGGAAGAGAUUACGUUGCUGGAAUCGUUUCAGCAGGAUCUGGGUGUGCACAGAUAAAUAAAUCAGCAAUAUAUACCGAUGUUUCAGCAUAUACCGACUGGAUUAAUAAUUAUAUUCGCUCAGGGAAAUAA